AGAAGAGAAACAGGAAGAAGACGGAAGAGCAGUGUUGUGUUAUAAACAAAGAUGCUCACUUCUUAUUGCACAUAUUGGUAGUUUGCUGAACAGCAUGAUUUAUUCGCAACUUUAUCAGUCUAAAUCUCAUGCCUGAUAUUUAUAAAGCGAGUCCAAGGCAGAUGUGUGCUAUGGCAGUCCCAUUCAGAAUCCCCAAGAAGAAGCAGCCGUCAGAUGCAUCCAGUUUUGAUAUGCAGUCACCACUGUCUCGACUGCAGGACAGCAGCUCACCGAAGAAACUGUGGGGAUCUGUCACUCAUAAUGGAAGACCAAAUCAUAAAUCCAGUUUUACUAAUGGAAAUAUGCAUUCAAAACAAAGCCAGAGGGGUGAAACUGUGAGGUCUCCGGAAACACGCACUUGCUCAGAUAACAUUCACAGAGGACCUGCACGUGAAAAAAUCCGCUUUGCACUAAACAGGCAGCCUAUAAAAGUCAAUCCUGGUAGAUUCAACGGGACGCCAUGCAAGGUGUCCGAAACAGCCAGCUCAAGGGUCCAAUGUCAAACCCCCACCAUAGGCAAAAACUUUACAGGAAAUAACAGAUGGAGACCCAAGAGAGCGUCAGACACUCUAUGCCAUGAUGAGAACCAUAUGCGGGCCUCUGAAACCCCCUCCUUCAAGAUUCGUAGGGACGCAGAUUCAGGGAAAACGGAGACGAGUGGGUUUUUCCGUAAGGAAGAGGAUAUUGAAGAAACACAAGGGCCAUCUCAAGUGACGGAGACGCAGCAGCCGUCCAAUACCGAGGACAUGUUGCAGAUAUCAAAGACUGACCGCAGAUUAAAAUCUACAGCUUCUGUUUCUUCUGCGGAGAGCACAACAAAGCACUGUAAGAAUGGAAAAGUGUCGAAUGAAGUGUCCACGUUCAAACCGUCCAAUCAUGAAGCCAAGUCUAGCGCAGGCCGUCACGCUCAGGAAGAGGAAUCUGGUUUAAGAACCUCUAAAGAGAGAGCUGCCCUUCCUCCUGUGCCUGUCCGAAAAGACCCGCUGGUUUCAUCUCCAGGCGCCAAAAGCGAAGACCCCUUUACAUCAUUUUAUAAGAACAGAUUGAGCAGGAAGUCCCGGGUUCUUGUCAAGACCUACAAGAGAACUAAGCCCAGCUCCACCGAGCCAAUUGUGUUAUCCAGUGAUGACGACGGAUCAGAUGAAGUCAAUGAAGCACCACGAAGCUUGCGAGAGCAGCAGGUAUCGGAUGCUCUCAGGGAUGCCCAGACUGAGAAUCAAAAGAAGACAAACACAGGAAGCGAGAAGUCAAUGAGCAAAGUAGAAGUGCCCUCCAUCAUGGAGCUGCCCUUCUCCACCCUUCAUUAUGAUACAGUAGAGGCGCAGUCUAACGGGACCAUUGUGAUCACAGAUGAAGGCAUUUCAAUACCACUGAAAGGUGCAGGUGAAGAAGGGGAGAUAGCCAUAAGUGUGGCAUGCCUAGAGCUACGUUUGUUUGGCGUUUGGGAUGGUGGCCUGGCUCACGAUGGCAGUUUGUUUUCGAGUACCGAAGAGCCCGCCCCCUCUCUCCUGUUCCUCGUAGUAUCAGACGCUCAAGCCAGACUCAUUCAGAAAGAGCUAUCUGUGAUACACUCUGUACAUAUCUCAGGUCAGGCUUGUCCUUUCUUGUUGUUUGUGUUGGCCGACCAUUUGGGAGAUCUUCAGACGGCCAUGUUGGAAUCUCAAAUGGACAUGAUUGGUCUGAAAUACGGUCAAACCGCUUUGAGUAACCCCCUGAAUUGGGCAGAUGGCCUGAAUCGGCUUCAUUGCCACCCGCAGGGCGUAAACCUCCUCUCUCUACUGGGACAAAAUGUGGAGGAUGCUGGACAGGACACUGCAAAGAUGAGCGCAGGUGAAACUAGCAAAGAUCCAGCGGUCAGGAGACCUCUCCGCAGUCACAGCCGUCUGCAGAGCUUGCCACGCAGACUGAUCCAGUACCCACCUCCCCCCUCCAAGGGCGGCAUAACUGUCACAGCCGAAGACCUGGAGUGCCUUAAAGAUGGCGAGUUUCUCAAUGAUGUCAUCAUCGACUUCUACCUCAAGUACUUGAUGUUGGAGAGAGCCGACAAAGAUGUUGCAGAAAGAUCUCACAUCUUUAGCAGUUUCUUCUACAAACAACUUACUCGAAAAGACAACAGCUGCCUAGAAGAAAACGGCAAAACGGUUCGGCACAGACGACAUCAUCGAGUCAGAACUUGGACCCGUCAUGUGGACAUCUUCAGCAAGGACUUCCUCUUCAUACCUGUUAACCAGGAGGCCCACUGGUAUCUGGUGGUGAUCUGUUUUCCUGGUCUGGAAGGGCCCCGGUAUGUACAGUGGGGAGGCAAAGCUGCGUCCCAGGCUGGAGGCCAAACAGUGAAUGUGAGCUCAGCAGGAGAAUGUCAAACAGGUAGUUCACAUCAACCAAAGAGCAAAAGUUCAAAAGCCAACAAUCAACCGGACUGCACAGUACUCCGCUGCACAAGAGAGACCGUCUGCAGGAGGCCAUGUAUUCUGGUAAUGGACUCUCUAAAGCUCUCAUCCCACCAACGCGUCUACGCGCUGCUACGCGAGUACCUGCAGGUAGAAUGGGAGGUUCGGAAAGCCACCCCUCGAGAUUUUACAAAUGAAAACAUAGGAGGGAAUCUCUGCAAGGUCCCUUUGCAAGACAACAGCAGCGACUGCGGCCUGUAUUUGCUGCAGUAUGUGGAGAGCUUUCUGCAGAAUCCAGUGGUGCACUUUGAACUCCCGCUGCGAUUGGAGCACUGGUUUCCACGGAAUCAGGUGCGCAGGAAAAGGGAGGAGAUACGGGACCUGGUGCUACAGCUGUACCGCAGGCAAGGGGGCGAGGCUGAAAAGAGCAUCCAAUAAAAACAGCAGGAUGAAUCUGUUUUUUUUGUUUUGUUUUUAUUAGUUAAUGUAACAAAGAAUAUAUUUAUAAUUUAA